AUGGACACAAUUGUUCCCGCGCCGAAUCAGGCUCAACAUGAGCCGGAUAGCUUGAAUGAGAAGAAGGCUCAAACUGAGUCCCCAAGUGACUCACCUCGACCAGAUGUUGAACAAUCCGAACUUGAAGAUCAAUCACAACGCUUACCAUUCCUCCGUCUUCUGCUCGCCUACCUCUGUCUUUGCUUCUGUUACUUGAUCUCUUACCUAGACAUGAACUCCGUCGCAACAUCCCUUCCAACAAUCUCCUCAGCUCUGGAUGCCGGUCCAACUGUUACAUGGGUCGGAACGUCAUACCUUCUAGGUCAACUCUCCUUCCAACCUCUGUACGGCAGAAUUUCCGAUAUUACCGGCCGAAAGCCUGUUUUGUUAUUUUCUAUGGGAUGUAUCGUCGUUGGUGGCGUCUUGUGCGGUUUUGCACAUACGCCAGUUUGGUUAUACGUCUGUAGAACGAUCAGUGGUAUUGGUGGUGGAGGCAUCAGCUCUUCAGUUGCGAUUAUUGUAAGCGAUUUGGUGAGUUUGAGAUCGAGGGGGAAGUAUCAAGGUUUCAUUAGUCUUGCUAUUGGUAUUGGUGCCGCUUCUGGUCCUUUUGUGGCUGCUGGAUUGAUUCAGAUGGGUACUAAUGGUUGGAGAUGGGCGUUCUGGGUCCCUGCUAUUAUGGGUGGCGUCUGUUUUGUUCUUCUGAUGUUCUUUCUACCAUUGAAGCCUGUGUCUGGAAGCUUCAAGGAGAAGGUUCGGAAGAUUGAUUGGUGGGGAGUUAUGGCUUCUAUUGCUGGAAUUGUCCUGACAGUCAUGUCCAUCAACUCUGGGGGAAGCAUGUGGGCAUGGCAGAACGCGAAGACCAUCUCUCUCCUGACGAUUGGCAUAAUCAUGCUGCUGAUCUUCAUUAUUAUCGAAGCGUACUUCGCUAGGAUCCCCAUUAUUCCUCUUCGACUCUUCAAACAACGAUCUCCAUCAGUACUCAUCCUUACAGGUUUCUUUCACGAUUUCGCCUGGCAGUCAACGCAAUACUUUAUCCCACUUUAUUACCAGACUGUUCGUGGUUUCUCGCCAUUGAAGAGUGCUACAUUGAUUGUACCGUUCUUGCUUGCUCAAGGCAUAGCUGGUGCUGCCUCGGGGCCUUUGAUGGCCAGGCAUGCUAGAUACAUGCCCAUUUUGCGGGCUGGUUUCACAACCUGGACUCUAGGCUCUGGUCUCAAACUUCUCUUCAACCAGAACACGCAUAUUGCGAUAUACAUCGCAGUCCUAGCUGUCGAAGGGGCAGGGAUAGGAUGGGUUCAUCAGCCAGGGCUCGUAGCGCUACAAGCCAACUCAGCAAACGAAGACCGUGCCGUAGCAACAGGCACCCGCAACGUCUUCCGCUCGCUAGGCGGUGUCGUCGGAAUAGCUGUUUCGACAGCUACUUACUACGCAGUUCUACAGAAAGCUCUACAACAGAAUGCCACGAUUCCUGAAUGGCUGCGCGACAGUAUCCUGGAUGGUACAUGGUCCGCCAGUGAUCCUGUUACUAAAGACUACGAAAGUGCCAUCUUGAGCGCUCGUAUGCAAGGCUUUAGAGUCAUUUUUAUUAUCACCGUACCUUUGAUGGCACUAUGCUUGGGGGCGAGUUUCUUGGUGGACGAUAUUGUCCUUAAAGGUGAUUCUGCUCAGCAAGAGAGACGAGAUGAGUCUAGCGAGGGUCGAGAACAGGCCACCGCUUCAAGAUUGAGAAGCGAUGAGAAACGCAGCUGA